UGAAUGCGUCAAUCGAAGCGAUGGUGUGAAGUAGUUUUUUAUUCUUUUCUACUUUUUACUGCAUAUUUAUAUCCAAGAAUAGAAUAUUGCUAAUUUGCUCUUUUUCCAUCUCUUGUUGCGAUGUUCGAUGAAAUAACUAACAUUUUCUGGUACCAUUAAUCACGACAUCAUUCAAUAUUGUACACAAAAUUAUUCAUCAUGUUUUCGUCUAAAAUUCAUUAAAGUAAUUGUUGGGAAAUAGUGACAAAUACAUCGUCGCGAUACAUUUUUUCAAAAUGAAUUUCGAAAAUAGUUCUAGUAGUGGCUAUGUCACAAACGAGACCAUAUAUGGGACUCACGAAGAUUCCCAUGCCGUGAUGUCAGAAAAGGUGCAAUCUCUGGCUGGCAGUAUUUAUCAAGAAUUCGAGCGUAUGAUUGCCCGUUACGAUGAAGAUGUUGUCAAGACAUUGAUGCCGCUGCUUGUUAACGUCUUGGAGUGCUUAGAUUCUGCUUAUCAGACUAAUCAGGAGCAUGAAGUGGAGCUGGAGUUGCUGCGGGAGGAUAACGAACAGCUGGUGACGCAGUACGAGCGCGAAAAGGCAGCGCGGAAGCAUUCUGAACAAAAACUCCUUGAAGCUGAAGACCAUUUUGAAGGUGAAAGAAAAGAUCUAACUGGUCGUUUGGAGGCAUUAGACAGUAUAGUGCGUAUGCUGGAAUUAAAGCACAAAAACUCCUUAGACCAUGCCAGUAGGCUGGAGGAAAGGGAGAAUGAACUAAAGAAAGAGUAUGCAAAACUUCAUGAGAGAUAUACUGAGUUAUUUAAGACUCAUAUGGAUUAUAUGGAACGCACAAAACUGUUGCUUAGUACUGCUGCCAAUGAGCGUGGUGGAGAAGUUCGUGGUCGGAUCAAUCUCAACAAUGUUAGCCGAUCAAGUGGGCCUAUGUCUUUCGGGUUUGCUUCGCUGGAAGGUUCAGUGAAUAUUGUGGAGCAAACGGAGAGUAUUCCCGGAAGCCCUGUGAGCCUGUCUUCCUCACCACCUUCACCGCCAAUCGGAUCUGAGCUAGCAGCUGUUCGGACUGCUGAACAAAGUCAUCAAACUGAUCCCAUCAGGCAACAAAGUCAAGCUACAUCGCCAGUGGCGCCGCAAGCCAGUACCGGCCGAUCCCACACUAAGAGCGAAAAGAGAAGUGCCAACACACUAUACCAAGAGUUGGCUUUCCAAGAUUCAGAUCCGGUAGUUGAAGAUGAGACUGACAUUACAGGAAAUUGGGUGCAUCCCGGCGAAUAUGCUUCAUCAAUUAACGACAACUACUUCGGCAAAGAAGUGGAGAAUCUUAUUUUGGAGAACAAUGAGCUGUUGGCUACUAAGAACGCUUUGAACGUUGUGAAGGACGAUUUGAUAGUAAAAGUUGAUGAAUUAACCGGCGAACAAGAGAUACUGAGAGAGGAGGUUGCCAAUCUGAAUGCGGCAAGAGAAACCUUGAGAGAGCGCGUCAAUCAACUGGAGGAUGAACUCAGGCGUUUGAAAGAAACUGUCAGCUCUACCACAAGUGGGGAUAAUGAAGACGAAGCUGAUGUUCCAAUGGCGCAAAGAAGGAGAUUCACUCGAGUCGAAAUGGCACGAGUCCUUAUGGAAAGAAAUCAAUACAAGGAACGUUUCAUGGAAUUGCAAGAUGCUGUGCGCUGGACAGAGAUGGUGAGGGCGACCCGCGGUGACGCCACCGCCGGCAAGAAGAGUAAACAGAGCAUCUGGAAGUUCUUUAGCAAUCUACUCAAUCCGAGCGAACGUCCGCAGCGCCCUCUAUCGACGCCGCACCUGCGUGCAGUGACGGCACCACAGCCGGCGUUACGUCAUUCCCGUACUCAGGGAGAUUUCCUUGAGACUCAGCUCACUGACCAGCAUCAUAGACGACAGGAUAGGAACGAACAGUUCCGGCAGGUGCGGGCUCACGUGCGCAAGGAAGACGGUCGCACUCAAGCUUACGGCUGGAGUCUGCCUGGGAAGAGUGUGCAGGGACAGAAAGGUCCGAGUGUUUCCCUCUCAUCAGGAGGCGUGCCUGUACCAGUGCCUAUAUUCUGCAGACCCAUAGCAGAAGGCGAGCCUCGUAUGAGCCUGCUCUGCGCUGCCGGUGUCAACUUGAACGGAGGACGCACGUCUGACGGUGGCUGCAUGAUCGGUGACAGUGUCUUCUAUCCAAAUGACAGCGAAGAAGAUAAUGAUGACGAACAAAACACCAUGUGCUUAGCAUAUGAGAUGAAUAAGGCGGAAUCCGUUCACUCGGCUGAAAUAAAUCAGAUCGAUCAACAGCUGCAGUCAACUCGUGCUCCCGAGCACUCCGACAGAUAUCUAUCCUCUCUCGUUUGGAUAUGCGCUAGUACCCAGAAUGAUGGGGUUGUUAUGAUUAUUGACGCAAACAAUCCAGGGUCAGUGCUUGAGACAUUCACUGUACACGAGAAGCACAUUUUGUGCAUAGCUUCAGUGCCAGGAGCCACAGAUGAGGACUACAGGGAGUUCAAAGAACGCGACGCUGAACUUAAAAAUGGAAAGCCACAAUUUCAUGGUCCGGAAAAGGAAGAAGAUGAAAAUGGGGAGAAGAAAAUUGUUGUUGGACGUAGAAUGAUGGUGAAGUCUACUCUACUUUCUCCUUCUGAUACUCCGGUGAAAGAGAAAAAGGAGAACGAAGAUAAAGAUGCUGAGGAAACUGCAUCGACUUCUCACAGCCCGCCUCUUAGUUCUACACCUAUUAAUAAUCCAAUUAUUGAGGUGCCCGAGGAUGUACCGGAACAAGGCGUCGCCGCGUACGAUGAUGAGGAGAUUGAGCCUCCAAGCCCCGUAUUUGAACCUAGAACUUGUACAAUAAUGGCGACCAUGUGGCUCGGCACUAAAAGCGGCAAGCUUUAUAUUCAUCCAGCGCUCUUUGAUUACAAGAAAUGUAUCACCAUUGUGAAGAUGAAUGACGCGAUACUUUCAAUUGUGUCCUGCUAUUCUCGUUGUUUGGUCGCGUUGGCUGAUGGUACGGUCGCCAUAUUUGCUCGUGACGGCACUGGCCAGUGGAAUUUCAAGGAGUACUUGGUGGUCACACUAGGAGACCCUAAAUGUUCAGUGCGUUGUCUUUGCGUUGUUGGCAACACUGUGUGGUGCGGGUAUCGCAACAAGGUGCAUGUAGUGGAACCCCGCACCGGUAUGAUCGUGCAUAAGCUUGAAGCUCAUCCCCGACAGGAGAGUCAAGUGCGCCAGAUGGCUUGCGAUGGAGACGGAGUCUGGGUAUCCAUUAAAAUGGAUUCCGCGCUGCGCCUGUACCAUGCGCAUACUUAUCAACACCUACGUGACGUUGACAUCGAGCCUUACGUCAGUAAGAUGCUCGGCACUGGAAAGCUGGGCUUCUCCUUCGUCAGGAUUACUGCGCUUCUCAUCAGUACAGGUCGGCUCUGGAUCGGUACCAGCAAUGGUGUGGUCAUCUCUGUACCAUUGUCAGACACGCAGGGCUCCAGCCGCGACUCCAGUGGUGGCACCGUACGGUCCUCUACUAUUGCUACAUCAGCUACAGGCCGUGUGCGACCGGAUUCAACAAGUCCGACCGGUUCUAUCCCGUGGUGUUCCAUGGCACAAGCUCAGCUAAGCUUCCACGGGCAUCGGGAUGCGGUCACCUUCUUCGUAGCUGUUCCUGGCAACGCCAACUCUCCCACCCGCACUCCUGAUUCACCGCAGAAGACUGAAGAGUCGCCGCAAAAGACCGCUUCACCGCCAAUGCUGGUGAUGUCGGGUGGUGAAGGAUAUAUCGACUUUAGAAUAGCCGAUUCAGAAAUGGAGGACAGCGUGGUGGUGGCCGAGGACGGGUCCAGUGGGCACAGCUCUCUUGCUGAGCGGGCUACCAAGAGCCACUUGAUAGUUUGGCAAGUAGCAACCGCCUAACGUGAGGCCUGCCGUCCUCGCUUCGAUUCCGAGUCAGAUUACGUGUACGUAUGCACGUCCACCAAACCAGCGACCCCUUACAACGCGUAAGUCGCUACAGUGAAUAGGCCGUCUUAUACUGGCGAUGUGUUUUACAAAUUUCAUAAUUUAAAUCAAAUAAUUCACUUAACAUUUUUAAUUAGUACUUUCUAGUCAUGGGUAAGUCAACUAAAAUUGAUGACUUGCAAAUCAGCUCACAGUUCACACGUGACAAGCGGAUCAGUGAACCGGAUCACAAUUUAGCUCAAUAUGUAUCUGUAGAGUUAUUAUUGACGUUCUGGUAAACUGUGAGUAAGGAGGAAGCUCUCGGCUUGACUACUUAUAGUACUUCACGAUGAGCUGUGAGCUGCUGUGUUUAGUCGUUGAACCGCAGCUCAUUUAUUGAAUCGAUACAAAACUGAUUAACACAUGACUAGUACAUUCAUAACAUUCACAUCACCAGUAGUUUGGACGUUUAAAGCGAUUUUUGUAGUGAUGCAUCAUAAUACAAAGUUGAUUAAUUUUUAAUAAAGUUGUACACGAAUUCAAAUUUCUAAUUCUUAUAAUGUUGAAAUAUUUUUUACCUGCAAAAAUCACUACCUAUUCACAGAUUUAACUGAUUUUAUUAAUAUACGAUAACUGAUUGUGAUGUAUAUUAAUAAUUGAGGUUAAAUAAACGCCGAAUUGUUAUUCACACGAACGGCGCAUUCUGACUCCGACGAUAUAGAAGCAGUGCACGGCACCAAAAGGACUUUUAAAACACAGUUUUACAUAUUAUUCACGAUAUAUGUGUGCUUCCCAUAGCUAUUGUGUACCUUAUCGUAGAAUACAACUGCCAUGACACUUGGAAUAAUUAUCCUGUAUGCAGUAAACGGCAUUAUUUCGCCAAAAUAUCGAAGUACUGCUAACAUCUUGAAGAUAUGAUGCCUACAUUUAAAAAGAAGGGGAUGCACAUUAUGAGAAAUUUUCCCUUCUUUAGUAAUUAUUACGCAAAGAUGAAAAAGAAGUUAUUAUUUCAAAUGUCAAUGCAGUGAAAUUCUGCGCUUAUCGCUUACUCGUAUAGUGUUUUUUGUAUAAGAUAUCAACGUAUCAAAUAUACCAAUCGUAUAGUUUUUAAGCUUUAUCUCAUCUAGUAAUAAUGUACAACAUGUAACCACCAAAUAAAACAUUUUUGUAGUGUUAUUAAGUUAAUCUAGAAUUAAGAUAUCUCAAGGUAGGAAUUUUCUUACCUGUUUUUAAUUUGGGCUGUGGUUAUUAUCUGCAACACAACAUUGUUUAGUUUUAUUUUAAUUUAAGAUUAUACUUGAAGUGAUGUUAUUUAAAUUUGUCAUAUUUAAUAGAAUUAAGUUUUUUUUGUCGUUUAUUUUGCUAUAUAGAGUUGCUAUUUCAAAAUAUUGU